AUGGGUAACAAACAACAAAAAUACCCUUUUAUAGAACUUGGUAAAAUUCCUAAUUUCUUUUAAAACAUCACUUAAUCUAUAAUUGUAGCUGCACAUAAAAUAGAUAAUUUAUCAAAAGGAGAACUACUUCUUGGAAAUUCUAUGCUUAGCCUAGUUGAGCUAGAACAACAAGAUUUUACAAGAUCAUUAGAUUUUUCAGUUAUCAGCCCUGUAACUCGAUAAUCUAAAGAAGGAUCUUCAAUCCUCAUUCUAAUUUUACAGCUUUUACAGUCAAAAGCACAUUAAUUGAAAGUAUUCAAAGGCAUUUUAAUCUCAAAUCAUGGUGAUUUGUUCAAUAAGAUUAUUCUAUAUACUCUGAUCCGAAGUAAUAGAUUCUUUGAUUACAAAAAUCAACCAAGUAUGGUAUAUAAGAGGUCUUUGAUUUCCAUAGGUGGAUUGUUUAGUUAUUGUACCUAAAUCAAAGCUGAAAAUAAGAUUCUACUUAUGAUGGCAUGA